AGCAGUAGCAGUAGUAGUAGUAGUAGUAGUAGCAGCAGCAGCAGCAGCAGCAGUAGCAGUAGUAGUAGUAAUAGCAGCAGCAGUAGUAGUAAUAGCAGCAACAGCAGUAGUAAUAGCAGCAGCAGCAGUAGUAGUAGUAGUAAUAGCAGCAGCAGCAGUAGUAAUAGUAAUAGCAGCAGCAGUAGUAGUAAUAGUAGCAGCAGCAGUAGUAGUAGUAAUAGUAGCAGCAGCAGUAGUAAUAGUAAUAGCAGCAGCAGCAAUAGUAGUAAUAGCAGCAGCAGCAGUAGUAGUAAUAGUAGCAGCAGCAGUAGUAGUAAUAGCAGCAGCAGCAAUAGUAGUAAUAGCAGCAGCAGCAGUAGUAGUAAUAGUAGCAGCAGCAGUAGUAAUAGCAGCAGCAGCAGUAGUAGUAAUAGCAGCAGCAGCAAUAGUAGUAAUAGUAGCAGCAGCAGUAGUAGUAAUAGCAGCAGCAGUAGUAGUAAUAACAGCAGCAGUAGUAGUAGUAGCAGCAGCAGCAGUAGUAGUAAUAGCAGCAGCAGCAGUAGUAGUAGUAACAGCAGCAGUAGUAGUAGUAGUAGUAGUAGCAGCAGCAGUAGUAGUAGUAGUAGCAGCAGCAGUAGUAGUAGUAGCAGCAGCAGUAGUAGUAGUAACAGCAGCAGUAGUAGUAGUAAUAGCAGCAGCAGCAGUAGUAGUAAUAGCAGCAGCAGCAGUAGUAGUAAUAGCAGCAGUAGUAGUAGUAAUAGCAGCAGCAGCAGUAGCAGCAGUAGUAGCAGUAGCAGCAGCAGUAGUAGUAAUAGCAGUAGCAGCAGUAGUAGUAAUAGUAAUAGCAGCAGCAGCAAUAGUAGUAAUAGUAGCAGCAGCAGUAGUAGUAAUAGCAGCAGCAGUAGUAGUAAUAGCAGCAGCAGUAGUAGUAAUAACAGCAGCAGCAGUAGUAGUAAUAGCAGCAGCAGCAGUAGUAGUAAUAGCAGCAGCAGCAGUAGUAGUAAUAGCAGUAGUAGUAGUAAUAGCAGCAGCAGCAGUAGCAGUAGUAAUAGCAGUAGCAGCAGCAGUAGUAGUAAUAGCAGUAGCAGCAGUAGUAGUAAUAGCAGCAGCAGCAGUAGUAGUAAUAGCAGCAGCAGCAGUAGUAGUAAUAGCAGCAGUAGUAGUAAUAGCAGCAACAGCAGUAGUAAUAGUAAUAGCAACAGCAGUAGUAGUAAUAGCAGCAGUAGU